GCAGCAGGUUAGGUUGCGCGGGAGUCGCCCUGAAGUUGUCAGCGGGGAGAGUGGCCGGGACAUGGAGAGCAGCGUCGCCGCCUCACGCAGCGCCUAGCCCAGGCCCAGCCCGGCCCCCAGGCCCCCAGGCCCCAAGCCCAGGCCCCAAGCCCCAGGCCCAGCCCCCAGGCCCAGCCCAGGCCCCAGGCCCAGCCGCCGCUUACAGAGGGGAGCUCCGACUGACGGCGUGUGUGGGCGCCUCUCUCUCUUUAAAUGAUGCCCCACUCUGGAGGGUGAAGAGCAAGAACAGACUCCUGGCCUCGAGACAGAUACCAAGGAUUGUUUGGGGUGAGGAAAGACGAGCUGGGGGAAGGAGCACAGAGGUCUUUGCCCAGCGGGACUGAGCGAAGCAGCAUCCAUGAAGCCCUGAGGCCCGGUAGCCGAACCGUGGCUGCAAGGGCGGAUGCAGAUUCCUUCCGGGUUUGUAUUUUCACAAUGCAGCGGAGCCCGUGAUGGAAGAUGUCCUUCCCGGCUGUGAAUGGCUUGGACCCUGGCCGCGAAGAUGACAAAGGUGCUGCAGAGGGUGUGUCGGGGGAGAGCAGGGCUGUUGCACCGUACCGUGUGAAGGAGGAGGAUGAUGGGGAGGAGGUUCGUGACCCGGCCUCCGCCGUCCACACCGGCUCGUUCCCCGCUGAGUCCGACGGCUUGCUUUACAUCAGCGAAGAUGACAAAGGUGCUGCAGAGGGUGUGUCGGGGGAGAGCAAGGCCGUUGCACCGUACCGUGUGAAGGAGGAGGAUGAUGGGGAGGAGGUUCGUGACCCGGCCUCCACCGUCCACACCGGCUCGUUCCCCGCUGAGUCCGACGGCUUGCUUUACAUCAGCGGGGACGAGCCCAGCGUGAAGCGCAAGAAGGGCCCUGCGCCGAAGAUGCUGGGUAACGAGGUGUGCAGCGUGUGUGGGGACAAGGCGUCCGGCUUCCACUACAACGUGCUGAGUUGCGAGGGCUGCAAGGGCUUCUUCCGUCGCAGCGUGAUCAAGAGCGCGCAGUACACGUGCAAGAGUAGCGGCAAGUGUGAGAUGGACGUGUACAUGCGGCGCAAGUGCCAGGAGUGCCGGCUGAGGAAGUGUCGCGAAGCUGGGAUGAGGGACCAUUGCGUCCUGUCGGAGGAGCAGAUCCGCAGCAAGAAGCAGAGGAAGCGGGAGGAGGAGCUGGUGGCGCCGGAGGUGGCGGCGGCGGAGGCUUUGCCCGAGGCGACGGACAAGGCCCGGCUCACGGCCGAGCAGGAGGAGAUGAUCCAGCAGCUGGUGGCCGCCCAGCAGCAGUGUAACAAGCGCUCCUUCAGUGACCAACCCAAGGUCACGCCCUGGCCACAAGGCAAUGACCCCCACAACCGGGAGACACGGCAGCAACGCUUUGCCCACUUCACCGAGCUGGCGAUCAUCUCCGUCCAAGAGAUCGUCGACUUUGCCAAACAGAUUCCGGGCUUCCUCGACCUCUCGCGAGAGGACCAGAUUGCACUAUUGAAGGCAUCCACGAUCGAGAUCAUGCUGCUGGAGACAGCGCGGCGAUACAACCACGAGACGGAAUGCAUCACCUUCCUCAAGGACUUCACCUAUAGCAAGGCCGACUUCGCACGGGCAGGGUUGCAGUUUGGGUUCAUUAACCCGAUCUUCGAGUUUUCGAAGGGCAUGAGGAAGCUGCAACUGGACGAUGCGGAGUAUGCGCUGCUCAUCGCCAUCAACAUCUUCUCCGCAGACCGGCCCAACGUGGAGGACCACCAGCUGGUGGAGCGACGGCAGCAGCCCUACGUCGAGGCACUUCACUCGUACUUGCGGAUCAAGCGACCAAAGGACCACCUGAUGUUCCCCCGCAUGCUGAUGAAGCUGGUCAGCCUACGGACACUGAGCAGUGUCCACUCUGAGCAGGUCUUUGCUCUGCGUCUCCAGGACAAGAAGCUGCCGCCUCUGCUCUCCGAGAUCUGGGACGUGCAUGAGUGACGGAGGGAGGAGUGAUGCCGCACGGCAGCCGGCCGGCCACGGGGGGUCCUGUCCCCCCUCCACCCACCUCCCGCCCCCCCCAACCUGGAAUUGCAAAAGAGGAAGGAAAACUACAGCCUGUCUUUUUGUAAAAAAAAACUAAAACACAAAGGGAAAAAAAAACGCAACCGGGUCCUGACCAAUGUGGGAGAGCAGGGAUGUUGGCCGGUCGGUCAGCAAAGGACGGCUAUCGGACUGUACGUGAGCGCAGGACUCUGUAUCUGGAGCAGUGGACGUCCCAGGGCGCUGGGUCUGGAGCAGUGGACAUCCCAGAGCCUGAUGACCAGGGUUGUGGACAUCCCAGAGCAUUGUGUCCAGGGUUGUGGAAGCUUCCAUCAACGCACUUACUAGAUGGAACUCCACGCUGCCCUGGCACUAAGGAAUGGCCGCUGCCACCCACCCACCCCUCCCCCACCCUGCGUCGGCCUCCAGCGCUGACUACCCCCUAGAGAUUUCAACUGAUCACUUGGGAGAUUAUUUUUGCCCAAUAAUAUAUAUAUAUAUAUAUAUAUGAAGUUCAAUGUUUUUUU